AGUCAUAUCAUAUUGCAAGAAUUGAAUAAUGAAGUAUCAUAUAGCCCUAUUGCGGCUACGGUAUAUCCUGGGUUAAUAUCUGGUCUGUUGACCUUAACUAAUGCUCAUUAUCCAUUUGAAAAUGUUCCUGGUCCACCAAUUCCCAGUCCAGGUCUUCCGCAUUUAUAUCGAUUUCGUCAAAAAUUUCCGGAAACCUGGAUAUUUGAUAAUUUUUUAAUCAAUGAAACUGUCACCAAAUUAACUCUUCCAAUUCCCGACGUUAUAACCACUUGGCGCAUAACAGCAUUUUCAAAUCACGAUGUCACCGGAUUUGGUAUAGUAAAUGGACCCACAGAUAUCACCACCAUACAAUCGUUCUUCAUAUCACUAAAUUUGCCAUAUUCAGUGAAACGUGGUGAAAUUGUCUUAAUACCCGUAACAAUAUUCAAUUAUCUCAAUCAGACUGUAGACGCAGAACUGGUUUUAUAUAAUAAUGAGCAGGAGUUCUAUUUCAUGGAAUCAACAAUAAAAGGAGUGGAAAAAUCAAAUGAAGACCAAAAACAAACGAAACUCAUUACUGUACCGGCAGAUAAGGCCAAAACGGUUAAAUUUCUCAUAUAUCCCAUACAAGCGGGUGAAAUAAGUCUGAGAUUUAUAGCCUCAAGUUCUUUGUAUUCAGAUGCUGUUUUACAGAAACUUAAAGUUGAACCAGAAGGUGUACCCAAACAAAAAACUCAGGCUUUAUAUCUAAGUAUUCCCCAAGGAGAGCAAAUAUCCUCAUCGUUUAGCAUCGAAGAGCCAGUAGAUAGUGUUCCCGAUUCUGAGUAUAUUACCUUUUCUGUGGGUGGUCAUUAUUUAGUGCCCACAGUGGAGAAUUUCCAUGAUCUAAUACAAAUGCCCACUGGUUGUGGUGAGCAAAAUAUGGUGAAUUUUGCUCCCAGUAUCUUAAUUUUACAAUAUCUUAAAGCAAAUGGCAAGUUGUCCAAAGAGAAGGGUUUGGUGGAAAGUUUACGCUCCUCGAUGGAAGUUGCCUACCAACAACAGUUGUCAUUUCGUCAUGAAAAUGGUGGUUAUAGCGUCUUUGGCAUGGGAACCGAUGAGGAGCCCAGUACUUGGCUGACCGCCUAUGUGGUGCGUUACUUUAUUAAAGCUUCUCAAUUCUUAGAGAUCGAGGCGAAAAUAAUUGAAUCUGCUUUGGAGUAUUUGGCUGGCCAGCAAAAAUCAAAUGGGGAGUUUAAUUUCACGGGUUAUUUAUUAGAUCAAAAUCAUAAAAAUGAAUAUGGACUAACAGCAUUUAUACUGCUGGCAUUUUUGGAGAAUGAAAAAUACGCCACCAAAUAUCAAACCACCCUGCAAAAUGGAGUAGAAUUUUUAAAUUCUAAUUUAGAUAAAAUCAACGAUAUUUACGCAUUAUCCUUGGCAGCAACUGUUAUAAAACGUGCUAAGCAUCCAAAUUCCUCAACUCUUAUAAAUCAAUUAAGAUCGCAGUGUAAAGAAGAGAAUGGCCUCAUGUGGUGGUCAGGAAAUGAUCAUAACUUGGCCAACGAUAUAGAAAUUACAGCAUACGCUGCAAUGUCACUGCUGGACACUCCAGGAGACCAUACUUCAAUCCUAAAAUGGCUGAUAGAACAACGUAAUGCUAAUGGAGGCUUUACAUCAUCUUACGAUACUGUAGUGGGCAUGGAGGCUUUAGUGAAAUUUUCGGAAAUUUAUAAAAAUCUUAAAAAUGUAGAUUUAAAAAUUUCCUAUAGUGCCAAAGAUCAGGAGGGCACUGAAGUGGCAACAGAUGAAUUAUAUGUGAACACGGAUAAUAUUUUAGAUUUGCAAAAACAUGAGUUACCUAAAACCACUCGCAAAAUUACUUUCGAAAUACAGGGCAAUGGGGCCUCUUUGGUACAAUUCAAUCAACAAUAUAACAUUAUGAAUGAGCAAGAUUUUCAAUAUUUCAACAUAAAACCCAAAACAAUUUUUAAAAAUGACGAAGAAAUGAAUUUGGAAGUUUGUUUCGCUUACAAAACCGAUUCCGACACUCUCAAUGAAGCUACCAACAUGGUAAUUAUGGAAGCAAAUAUGCCCUCUGGUUUCACAUCGGAAGCAGAAAAUAGUAUGUCUUUAAAAGCAAACAAACUUGUGCAGAGAAUCGAAUCAAAAAAUUCUGAAUCAACGAUUGUUUUAUAUUUGGAUAAAUUGGAACCAAAUAUUAACCAUUGCAUAGAAAUUCCAGCAGAUAAAAAGAAUGAAAUAUUAAUGCCGAAACCAGCUGCCAUUAUAAUGUACGAUUAUUACAAUCUGAGUCGUUCAAAUACGAAAUUUUACAGUUUAUAA